UGUCAAAAGUCUAGGGCAAAGUUCACAUAUUCAUAUUAUAAGAUUAGAGGACCAUUGUCACUGCGUAAUCUGUCUCUGUAUUUUGCACAGGUCAGUUGAUGUUUCAUCAACAAUUCUUCAUGGUCACGCAUCCCGUAACUUCACAGUUUCAUCUGCCGUGUUAGUUCGGUCGCACGUCAGCUAUGAGGUCAAGGAUGAUGUGGCGGUUAUUCGGAUCAACAACCCUGAUUCGAAGGUCAACACCCUGUCGAUUCCGAUGCAAAGGGAAAUGGCUGAGGUGAUGAACGAGGUCUGGGCAAACGGCGCAGUCAAGAGCGUCGUGCUCAUCUCCUCCAAGCCCGGCUGCUUCAUCGCAGGGGCAGACAUCAAUAUGAUCCAGGCGUGUAGAAGUGCAGAAGAAGUGACUGCCCUCUCCCAGGAGGGCCAGAAAAUGUUUGAGAAGAUCGAAAAGUCUCCCAUACCCAUUGUGGCAGCUAUUAAUGGCUCUUGCUUGGGAGGAGGCCUCGAGUUUGCCCUUGCCUGCCAGUACAGAGUGGCAACCAAAAGCAGGAAGACAGUCCUGGGCACCCCAGAAGUCAUGUUGGGACUGCUGCCUGGGGCUGGCGGGACACAGAGACUCCCCAAAAUGGUUGGCCUGCCUUCUGCAUUUGACGUGAUGUUAACGGGGAGAAACAUCCGUGCAGAUAAAGCCAAGAAGAUGGGACUGGUCCACCAGCUAGUGGACCCACUGGGUCCUGGACUAAAGGAUUCGGAUGUAAGGACAGUUGAGUACCUGGAAGAGGUGGCUGUGGGCUUUGCGAAAGGAAUCGUCAACAAGAGCAUCCCACUCACAAAACGAAAGGGAAUCAUGCAGAAGCUACAGGACUACGCCAUGGGGAUCCCCUUCGUACGACAGCAGAUCUAUAAGACUGUCACCAAGAGGGUCAUGAAUCAGACAAAGGGGCUCUAUCCCGCCCCCCUGAAGAUCAUUGAAUGUGUGAAGGCAGGUCUGGAGAAGGGUUCAGAGGCAGGUUACCUGGAGGAAUCUCAGAACUUUGGUAAACUAGCCAUGACACCUGAAUCCAAAGCCCUUGUCGGACUCUACCAAGGUCAAGUAGCAUGCAAGAAGAACCGCUUUGGUACUCCGGAAAGGGAAGUGAAGAACCUGGCCAUCCUAGGAGCAGGUCUGAUGGGAGCAGGCAUCGCCCAGGUGACUGUAGACAAAGGUGUUAACGUCAUCCUGAAGGACACCGCAACAGAGGGUCUAAGCAGAGGACAGGACCAGGUUUACAAAGGAUUUAAUGCAAAAGUUAAGAAGAAAAGCAUCACCUCAUUUGAGAGGGACACUACUAUGUCCUGCCUGACUGGACAGUUGGAUUACAGUGGCUUUGAGAGGGUGGACAUGGUGAUCGAAGCUGUUUUUGAGGACCUCAGCAUAAAGCACAAAGUUUUAAAGGAAGUGGAGGCAGUCACUCCCCCUCACUGUAUUUUUGCCACCAACACCUCUGGUCUUCCCAUCAAAGACAUUGCUGCUGCCAGCAAGAGGCCAGAGAACGUCAUUGGAAUGCACUACUUCUCACCUGUGGACAAAAUGCAGCUGCUGGAGAUCAUUACCACAGAUAAGACCUCUAAAGAUACCACUGCCUCUGCCGUGGCCCUUGGCCUGAAGCAGGGCAAGAUCAUCAUUGUGGUCAAGGAUGGCCCUGGGUUCUACACUACCAGGUGUCUGAGUCCCAUGUUGGCGGAACUACUCCGACUUCUGCAGGAGGGUGUAGAGCCCAAAAAACUGGACUUGCUUACCACCAGCUUCGGCUUACCAGUUGGAGCAGUAAUCCUGGCAGACGAGGUGGGCAUCGACGUGGCAGCGCACGUGGGCAAGACCAUGACCAAAGCCUUCGGAUCGCGGCUAGAUGGUGGCAAUAUUGAAGUGGUGACGACCAUGGUAGAAAAAGGAUUUACCGGCCGCAAAGCGGGUAAAGGAUUUUACAUCUAUGAAAAGGGAUCGAAAAGUAGAAAUAUCAAUCCCGCUGCUGAGGAGAUUCUGAAAAAGUUUAAGUUGUCGGCACCUCCUUCAGUGUCCUCGGACUCUGAUGUGCAGUACCGGCUGGUGUCCAGGUUUGUGAACGAAGCGUUGUUGUGCCUUCAGGAAGGCAUUCUGAGCAACCCGAUGGAAGGAGACAUCGGUGCUGUAUUCGGAUUGGGAUUUCCCCCUUUCCUUGGAGGUCCUUUCCGAUUUGUGGACGCCUUCGGAGCGGACAAAUUGGUGCAGAAGAUGAAGAAGUAUGAGGAGGUCUAUGGCAAUCAGUUCACAGCGUGUCAGUUGCUACAGGACCAUGCCAAAGACAGUAGCAAGAAGUUCUACAAGUAACUCCUGCUGACAUGUGACAUGUGUAGGGACACUACACCAUAUGUGAAGUUUUCCUUGUGUAUGUAAAGCACCUUGAAGUCACUGGAGCGCUACAAGUGUGACAUGGGCAGCCUGUCUCCAUGUAAUCUAGUGCCUGAAUGUACCAAAGCCUUCUAGAAACAACUUGUCCAGUUUCCUUAGAAUUAACAUAUAAAAAAAAAAAAAAAGUGCCUUUAGAAGUUGUUUGCGGUUCACUAAAGAUUGGGAAUGUACUUUCCACGUGCCAGUACUCAUUCCUGCGUGUUUGAGUCACAACUUAAAGUGCAGAGCAUGAAAAUACAUAACACAGAUAAAUGUAUGCUGUGACUGGCAAAGUAUAUUGUCCUAUGGCAGCGUUCUGUGUUUCCUUUAAAACAAGAAAAUAAAAGAUCAUUUUACAGUA